CUCUCUCUCUCUCUCUCUCUCUCUCUAUUUAAAUCAAAGUCUGCUAAUCAUUUUCCUCUUUGGAUUGCUGCGACGAUUACCGUGGAAUGUAUUCCGAGACUCUCUCUUUAAUCUGCUUUGUUUAAAGAGAAAGGCGCAUCCUUUUCUAUUCAAGUAUUUUCUGGGAUGUUGAUCUGUGUCACUGAGCGCUGAUAACCAGUCUGGAGCUAAGUCUGUUGAAAAAUUACACUGUACAAAUUGGAUAACUCCAUGCUUCUGCAAGUCAUUACCUAGGUGAAGGAUUAUCCGUUCUCUGAAAUGCAGUUUGCUUGCAUCAACUGGGAUACCUGAGAGCCAAUUCCUUGGAUUACCAAAAAGUUUAUAAAGAGCAAAAAGCAGAUUUUCUUCCCUGCUGUUUUUCUUGUUGUGUACACCUUUGUAUUAAACGGUAUAAAGAGCUAAAGAGCAGAGUUUCUCUGCCUAGCUGGUUUUAUUGCUGCUCACAAAAUGGCAUGUGAAGAAAUUCUGAAGGCUGUUUUCCCGUUUCUGGAGGGUACUGACCUGGCUACAUGUAUGAUAGUGUGCAAACAGUGGCGAGAUAUUGCACGAGAUGAUUACUUCUGGAAAUGUCUUUGUUCUAAAAAAUGGCCAUCAAUUUGCAAACGGCCAUCUCCUCCUACUGUAACCUACUAUAAACUGUUUCAAAACUUUCAUAAACGGCAAUACCGCAGGGCUGUUCUCCCUCCGAGACUUUCCUUCAAUGACUUGGAGUUCUACAUUGAUAUUUGGACUGAAGAGAAGAUAAUAUUUUCAGAUGUGGUACCAGGGCCUGUUCUUCAGAAGGGAAUUUGGAUCCCGCCUCCUGGAAUCUGCGACGUGCUUAGGUUCCACUUGGAAGGGCCUGAAUACAAGAUGACUCUACCUGUGGAACCAAGAUUUACGAUUCCUUUGUGCCAGACGGUCAGUGUCUCUGUGCUUGUUGGACGCAAAGAUGCCAAUAAAGUUGCAUGCAUUAUAAAGAAAUCCCUUUUUGAUUAUAUUGAUCGAACAGCAUAUCGGGCUUUAGCUUUUGAUUAUCUUGACUUCUCCUCUCCUAUUUGCUUGUUUGUAUCGGGUGUUCGGGCAUGGAUAUCUUUGCUUUUCAUGGACCAUAAUAAUGAAGGGGCACUUGAUGUUUUUGGGAUUGAGAUGGAUUUCUGUGAUGCUGCCAAUUCUGAAGAUGAGGUCCUGUGGCUUCUAGACAUGCUGGACUGGAAAUAAGCUCAGUGGUUUUUAGAUCUGUCAGGUGGCUAAUCGCCUAGUUGGAAUAUGUCCACUUUGGCUAAAACUUGUACAUAGUUAUGCUGCUAGAGUGGAUUGCCAUUUAAGUUGUGCACAAUGCCGAAAUCCAAUUUAAAGUCAUUUUCUUCUGAAGUACAGUCUUACUUUUAUCGUUUGAAUAAUUCAGAAUAAGAUUCUUUAAUAUCAUUUCAUGUAUCUUGUAGCAAAGCCAGUUCCUUGUCGCUCUUAUCUAAUGCUGAUUUUUUUAAUGUA